AGCUCAUGUGAGUGUAUGAACAGGGCAUGACAAAAAAAUCUCUCCUAUACAGACCAGCGGUUUGUAGGAAUAGCUCAAAAGAAGCAGCCACAGCGAGAUGGCAUGGAAAGGGCACAAAGCAUUUCUCUACUUGCUUUGGAUUUUAUAGAAGAUCUCAGGAGAUAGCAGUUAUAUUAGUGAGGAUUGAGAAGAAUCCUCUAUCCAUCCAUCAAUCCGUCCAUCCUUCCAGACUAUCUGAGAAUCCAGACUACUCUAACAGGGACAAGACUGAAGAAAAUGUUGGGAUCAGAGCAAAGGAAUGAAGAGACAGAGGUGUUUUAUCUGAGCGCUUGAGACCCGGUCUCUCGGAUACUCCUUCUUCAGGUGGAACUUCAACUCUCUGGACUCUUAAAAACUGAUCAUCUUCCAGAAGGUGGCUGCACUGACUUAACUGCAGCCAUGCUGUGUGGUCUGAGGAGAGACACCAAGAACAGCAUUGAUGAGGGACCAUACUCGAAGGGGAGCAAAGAGACAACUGACCAAUCACAUUCAUCCCGAAGGCGAAGCCUUUCAGAGGAGUACCGAGGAGUUACCACGGUGGAGCUGAUGAAAAGGGAAGGCAGCAGCCUGGGCCUCACCAUCUCCGGAGGCUCUGAUAAGGAUGGCAGACCCCGAGUGUCAAACCUGCGGCCAGGUGGGCUGGCUGCCAGGAGUGACCAGCUGAAUGUGGGUGACUACAUCAAGUCUGUGAAUGGUAUUAACCUGUCAAAGCUCCGGCAUGAUGAGAUUAUCAGCCUGCUGAAGAACAUCGGGGAGCGAGUCGUGCUGGAGGUGGAGUACGAGCUGCCACCUAUUGUAGUGCAGACCCCCACAGGACUCAUAACCAAAACCAUAGAGGUGUGUUUACACAAGGAGGGAAACAGCUUUGGUUUUGUCAUGAGAGGUGGCUUCCAUGAAGACUGGAGACGGUCGCGUCCUCUGGUUGUAACCAGCGUCAGGCCGGGGGGUCCUGCUGACAGAGAGGGCACUUUGAAAGCAGGAGACCGAGUGUUAAGCAUCGAUGGGAUGCCUUUGAACAGAGAAAGGCAUGCAGAUGCUUUGACCAUGCUGAUGCAGAGCAGCCAAGAAGCUUUGUUCCUGAUUGAGUAUGACGUCUCUGUCGUGGAAGCUGUGCAGCAAGCCUCGGGCCCUCUGCUGGUGGAGAUAAUGAGAGGUUCUUCGGCCACGCUGGGGAUCAGCCUGACCUCAGCGAUUUACAGGGGCAAACAAGUUAUCAUUAUUGAUAAGAUAAAGCCAGCCAGUGUGGUGGAAAGGUGUGGAGCGCUGCAUUUAGGGGAUGUCCUCCUCUCCAUAGACGGGACCAGCACAGAGCACUGCUCCCUGUUGGAGGCCACCCAGCUGCUGGCCAACUCCACUGAAAACGUCAAACUGGAGAUUCUUCCAGCCAAUCAGAGCAGACUUCCCAUCAGGCCGCAAGACACAGUAAAAGUGCAGAAAAGCAACCAUCAUCACUGGGACCAAAGCAGCAACUACUGCCAUCCCCCACAUGCCAGCCACAGCAAGACAUGGAGCAGCCCGAGCCACCCACACAACCAGCAGGACCACUGCAAAUCUCUGGUGAGUGGCGGCUUCUCCCCUUCCUCCACAGCCACCUCAGGCUUCAGCAGCCAGGGCAGCAGCACACUGCCCUGCCCCGUCCCCCCCAUCACUCCCGCCAGUCCCCGGGGCUCCACAGGCAAGAGGAGGACCCGGAAAAAAGACCACAAAAGCUCAAUAUCCCUGGCAUCCAGCUCCGUCGGCCCAGGGGGGCAGGUUUUUCAUGUGGAAACGAGUGAAAUCAUCCUCAGGGGCGAUCCGCUCACAGGUUUUGGGAUCCAGCUGCAGGGGGGUGUCUUUGCCACAGAAACGUUGUCCGCUCCCCCGGUCAUCCGCUUUAUUGAGCCCGACAGCCCAGCUGAGAGGUGUGGAUUGCUGCAGGUGGGAGACAGAGUGUUGACUAUAAACGGGAUCCCAACUGAAGAUGGCACCUUGGAGGAAGCUCAUCAGCUGCUCAGAGACUCUGCUCUGGCUAAUAAAGUCACCGUGGAGAUAGAGUUUGAUGUUGCAGAGUCGGUGGUUCCGAGCAGUGGGACCUUCCACGUUAAACUCCCAAAGCGGGGCGGAGUGGAGCUGGGCAUCACCAUCAGUGCAAGUAAGAAACCUGGCAAGCCUCUCAUCAUCUCUGACAUCAGAAAGGGAAGCAUUGCACAUAGAACAGGCACUCUGGAGCCUGGUGACAGGCUGCUGGCCAUCGACUCGGUGCGUUUGGAGAACUGCACCAUGGAGGACGCCAUGCAUGUCCUGCAGCAGGCAGAGGACAUGGUCAAGCUGCGAAUCCAGAAAGAUGAGGAUAACAUUGAUGAGUUGGAGAUGUCUGGUUCCAUAAUCUACACAGUUGAGCUGAAAAGAUAUAACGGACCGCUGGGGAUCACCAUUUCCGGCACAGAGGAGCCUUUUGACCCCAUUGUGAUUUCUGGUCUCACCAAGAAAGGUUUGGCUGAGAGGACGGGUGCCAUCCAUAUCGGGGACCGAGUCCUGGCCAUCAACGGAGUGAGCCUGAAAGGAAAGCCACUCAGCGAGGCCAUCCAUCUGCUGCAGAUGGCUGGAGAGUCCGUCACCCUCAAGAUCAAGAAACAACCUGACCAGUCUGACUGUCGGCAGCAUCCAGACAGAGAAAUGGGGUUUUUAAGUGACCCGGAAGAUGAUCUCACGGACUCCCAGAAAACAAGUAAACACUCAGAGGUGUAUUCUGCCACUGUGCCCAGUAUAGACUCUGCCAUGAGCUCCUGGGAUAGCUCAGGGUUUGAUGCCGGCUACAUUAGCCAAGGGACAUAUUUGCACAAAGCAUCUGAUAUACUGUUAAAUCCGCACGAGUGGAGACGACCAAAGCACAGAGGUCACACCACUUCCAGCUCUGCAGGCCUAGUUGACCACACGGCUCUGUAUGAUGGGAGGUUCACUGAGGAUGAGUGGGACAAGAUACCUGGAUUCGUCAGCCCCCCUCGUUGCCAUGGCACCUUGAACAAGGAAGACAGCUUCUGGUCCCAGGCUCUGCAAGACCUCGAGACCUGCGGCCAGUCAGAGAUUCUCAGGGAGCUGGAGGCAUCUAUGACAAGCAGUACUCUUAGUCUGUACUUAGAUGAGAGUAAGACCUACGAAGACCCGGUGUUUCACUCUGAAAUUAUUCCAAUAAAGAAGGAUGGAUUCCACAUCGAGCCUGAAAACAAAAGCAAACUGAACAUUUCAUCUGGAGCCAGAGACAUGUCAUCCACGGCUAAAGGAGACAACUCUGAAAUGUUGUCGCCAACAGCUUUGGAACUACACAAGAUGUGUCUGAAGAAGGACCUUGAGAGCCGUGACUUUGGUUUCAGUGUAUCGGACGGGCUCCUGGAGAAGGGAGUUUAUGUGAAUAUGAUAAGACCAGACGGCCCAGCUGACCAGGGGGGUUUAAAACCUUUUGACCGAAUUCUUCAGGUGAACCAUGUGCGGACCAGGGACUUGGACUGUUGUCUAACGGUGCCCCUAAUUAUGGAGGCCAGAGACUGCCUGGAUUUGGUCAUUAGCAGGAAUCCCUUGGCAGCUGCGGAGACGGAGCUGCCCAACGACUGUGACGGCAACUCUCUGUUCUACUUUGCCAACCACAGAACCAACAGCAUCGCUCUGUGAACACAAAGAAGGGUGUUGAAACACAGUAGCUGGGACCUCACACACACACACACACACACACACACACACACACUCUCAAACGUCACACAUGACUCAGUUUGUCACAUUGUACCUUUUAGUGAGACCAACACAUUCACAUUCAGCACACAGAGCAUAUGCAGAGACCCACUGUCUGCCUGAAAGCAUCUCUUACUUGCAGAGUCACAAACACAUGUGUUCACGAUUGAAGCUUUUUAGUCACUGCUGCAUUCACAUGAUGUACCUCGAGGCGGGCUGCGGCCUGAGAUCAGCCCCCCCCAACAACCUCCUCCACCCCCCACCCCGACCAGAGGCAAAGCCACAUGCAGACUUAUAUAACGGAGGAGUCAUAGCCUCUGACGGGGCCAGGCCGUCAAUGCGCAUGCCUCAGCUCUGGAGAGAAUCACAUGCUGCACAGAUUCACUGCAUAAAUUUACUAUAUUUCACUUUAAAAGCUUUGAGCUGUCAUCAACUUGGUUUUGGUUUUUGGACACAGAACGGUGCUUGGUACACGUGCAACACGCGCACGGACACAUGAGGUGUUGGUGGAUUCAAGGUUCAAAGCACGUUGCACCUAUUUCAGCCCCAACUUGGCUCGCUGCCUUCGUUCCAGUCUCCUUCCAGUCUCGACCCUGCACUGGCUGCCUUAGAAAGGGAAUGGGGCCUCAAAAUAGACAGAAUGCUCUCUGAUACUUGCCAACGAUCACUAACUAUAUUCUAAAGCCCAUUAUAUCUUAAUGCCACAAAUGUUAAUCUCACUCCUCAAAUACAUUCAAUGAUGGAUUGUGUUUUGAGAGACACUUCAUUGUUCAGAUGUCAGAAGGCUUUUUAUGUAUUUGGUUCUCAGGAUUAUCACACAGACACAAGUUUAUGAUUUUUCAUUUUCAGAUUCACAUUUUGAUGCAUGUGUUUUGUUUUUGGUGACACUGCUUCCACAUAUGACCCACAGUUUUAUUUUAUGCUCUAAGAGUUCAGUUUUAUUUUUCCCACUUUUUAUUUUUACAAUUGGAGUUGGUCUUUGCUACGCAUGUGAAUGCCCAGCAUGCAGUUUGGUUUGUCCUUGGCAAGAGCCUCUUCUCUCUUUGAUUCAACAACAACUUUGUCUAAAUGCAACUCCCCCUUCUCUCUUUAAAAAAAAUUUAAAAAAAUCAUGACAUGGUGUUCUCAUUAAAAGCAUUUUGGAUUAAAUGGGACCUGCUGAUCUGGAAACCAACAGUUUUAUUUCAUGUGCUGGCCACCAUAGCAGCGCAGUCCCACUUAAGGAACUGCAUACUGUAAAGUACGUUGUGGUAUGCAUUUUCUUAUUUACAGUAUAUGCACAUAUGAUGUAGGAUCUUCAUGUAAUGAAUGUGCUUGUGCUUUUUUUUUACAUCUUUUUUUUGUAUUUAUUUUUUGUCUUUACACAUCGUCUGAAUAUGUGGAUUUGGUUCACAGGAAUCUGAAAGAUGUAUUAAAUAUUUUAUUUUGUUUGUAUUUUUAUUUAUUUAUUAUCCAGUAAGUAAUUG